UAGAAAUGUUUGCAUAGAGUGAUAGGGAAGGGCAGACUUUGAGUUCCAAUCACGCCAUUUGCUUGCUGAUAAACCAGUCUUCAGGUGAUAACAUUUUCAACAAUAAAGAUUAAUGAGGAAUUUGCUUUCCCUGUACCUCCAUAUUUGUUCCCGCCAGCCACGUACAUCGUGUUCCCAUAAUCUACAGUCAUGUCCUAGGUAAGGAUAUGUCAGAAAUCUACAUGGCCACUGACUUAUGAAUGAUUUCAUGGAUUAAACAUAUGAAUAUCGGCCUGUCAAAUGUGAAAUAGGUGAGAUUUGUGUUCUGUCGAAGAUGCAAUCAGUGUAAUGAUAAAUCGUGCCGUCUUCUUGAUCCGCACCGUGUUUGCCUUGGAUACUGUUCAACACAGAAGAUUAUGACCGAUUCCAAGCUGAAAACUGCGUCAUUAUGGGCCAAAGCUGUGUCCAAGUCGCGAGAACGUCGGAACAGUACGGUGACACCAGGGGGCAGCAUGCUGAGGACGAGGAUGAGCCUCCAUUCCGUUGCCACUACGCUGUUAGAAACCAAGAAAUUAACUGAAAGGGAGAAGGAGCUGAAGGUGAAGCAAGAUGAGCUGGACAACAUCAGGGGGAAGUACAACGCGGAGAGAGAGGAGAGGAAGAAGCUGCAGCAGGACUAUGACCGUCUGCUGGCCAGCCAGGGGGACGCCAGUCAGAAACUGGUCCUGGCUAACGAGUCACUGGACAAGUUACGUCUGGAAACCAAGAAGAAGAACGAUCAGGCGGAGAAACAACAGCGCGCCGUGAGUGUCAUGGAGGACCGAAUGCGCAACCUGGAAAUACGAGCAUCUGAGGUAGAGAAGGCAGAGUUGACUCUGGAGUCUACAAGGAAGAAUCUCGAGGCAUCAGUGGCUGAAUGUCGAUCUAAAGACACAGAAAUUAGAAAAAUGGUUACCCAGUGCGAAGAAAGAGAUAUGAAACUGCAUACAGCUAAUGAGAAGAUCUCAACUCUGGAGAGGAAGAUGAACGAUCUCAAGCUGCAGGUCCGUCAUGAACUCAUGAAGAACGAGAACAUAGAGAAGGGCCUUGAGACGAUUCCACGUCUGAAGGAUGAUAUCUUGGAUCGUGACAAGCGUAUCAAACAGUUGGUAAAGGAGGUGGAGGAAAAAACAGCCUUGAUGACAGCAGCCAGGAAGGCUGUCCGGGACUACAAGGAUAAGCUCAGGGAUGCUGACAAGAAGCUGGAGGCAUCCAGGGACCUGGACCUGGAGCUGAAGCUGGCCCAGUGUGAAGUGUCCACGCUCAAGAAACUCAUGUCUGGCAAAGACACCUUGGUCUUGCAGAAGUGCCAGGCUCUGGACCUAGCUAAGGAGGUGAUUGACUCUCUGAACACAUCCUCUGUGGACCCCGAGAAGCUGGGCAGGAUACAGAAGGUGCUUGAGAGGCUGUGCAGCACUGCAAACCCCAGCAGGGAGGGGGACACGCCCAGGGAGGGGGACACCAGCCUCCAAGCCGAGUCCUCCAUUUCCUCCAACAUGGCUACGUCAGAUCGCAGUGGAGGGAGCAAGUCUCGUAUGGGGCUUCUGAGGCCGUCUUCCUCACCCCACAUGAGUGAUUCCAACAAGGAGAAUAUGAUCAACGUGAACGUCCCUCCAUACUCCAUGGACAACGGCCAUGCCGAUCACUCCGAGCGAACAUCCCCAUUCCUUGACAGACCCAAACACCACCGAGGCAACAUGCCCACCCGACCAAAAACAGCCCACAUCAGGAGGAGUGCUUCUUUCCACAAUCCAGGGUUCCAUCCCCCAAGUUCAAGGUCAACAUCUUUUCGAUCUUCUGCAAACACAAGCGCCGAAGGCAGGUGUAAUGGACACCUAUACAAAUCUGAAACUCGGACUGGUUAUAAGUUCCAGCCCUCACUUGACUACAGUAUAGGAGUGUCGGAAUCCAAGCGGAAGCAGACGCGACCAUAUUCGGCCAUGUUGAGUUCUCCAACGGAGGAUUCAGACAGUGACACGGGAUGGGGUGUUCCGGACAACACAGAGCUGUUGCAGAGGUUGAGUCAUGAGCAGAGGGUGGCUCUGUCCAACAUGACGGCCGCGGACAAGGACAAGCUGCUGAUGGAGGUCAUCAGCAUCGGGGACCGAGUGUCCAUCAGCGUGUCGCAGAAAGCUCCCCGGUAUGGCAGGAAGAAAGUGAAGCCGAUCGUGUACACCGGCAUGGUCAAGUACCGAGGAAACCUGGACAAGGAGUUCUAUGACGCUCGGAUGUAUGCUGGCCUCAAGCUGGACGAACCCAUUGGCGAUUCCGACGGAACGUACAAGGGGAAACGGUACAUGUUUACUCCAGCAGAACAUGGCAAGUUCAUCAAGAUGAGGGACAUCUCAUUAAUUCUCAAUGUUCAGACCGGCCACUACAUGCCCCUGGGCCGGAUGCUGCUCCUGCACCUGGUGAAGAAAGCUCAGGAGGGCGGGGACACAGAGUCCAGUCACAGUCUCAACAGUUCCUAGAGAACAAGGAACAGGAACGCCCUCUUGGCUGACCAGGAACGGAUCUGUGUGUGAUGCCUGUCGGGAAUACGGAACUGUGUGUGUGUGUAAUGUCUUUCGAGCACCAUGUAUUUCUGAAUAUGACGUCUGCAUAGGACCAUGACGUCUGUGCAGGCAACAGAUCUCUGGAUGUUACAUUGGGCUACUGAACUAUGCAUGUUAUGUUUUUCAAGCACCAUGGAUUUCUGAUUAUUACGUCUGCAUAGGACCAUUGCACUCUGAAUAUGACGUCUGUACAGGCAACAGAUCUCGGGAUGUAACGUAGGACUACUGAACUAUGUGUGUUAUGUUUUUCUAGCACCAUGGAUUUCUGCCUAGGACCAUUGCACUCUGAAUAUGACGUCUGCCUAGGACCAUUGCACUCUGAAUAUGACAUCUACCUGUAGAUCUCUGAAUGUAAUACCUGUGCCGGACCAUUGAUCUGUGUGUGAUGUCUGUCAGGACUACUGAUUGAUGUGACGUCUGUGCAUCAACUCCACAUGAAGCUGUGAUACAUAUUAACUCUGUUGGAUACCUCAACUGUAUAUAUGACAUCGUAAGUGGUAAACUUAUACCUUGUGCUUACCAUACUUACUUGGUACUUGGUAGAUAACACCGAUUCCUCAAAACUCCAUUCCUGUGAUGGGUCCAUCGACACUGGUGUCAUCCUGGAUUACUUGUCAUUUUCAAAUGUUUCUCCAUGACAUGCGAGCGAGUUUCGUUUAAUGCCACUUUGAACAGUAUUCCAGUUCUAUCACGCGUGUCAGUGUAAUGUGGGAUGAAAGCCUGCAGGUCAUGGACGCUUACUACUUGUGUGAGACCAUGAACAAUACUAUGGUGAUGACAGAGAAAGAAAUAUAAUCAGGGUGAUCUCGGAUUUGAUGCCAAGAUUAUAAGUUCUGUCAUGCCAAGAUAAGCAAUACGAAUAAUAUCUCACAGUAGAAUAAAUUAUACAACCGUCCAAGCCAUGUGAUAACUUCUGAAGGAUGGAAAUGAUACACGGAUACACAGCAGCAUCUUGGCAUCAUGAGAUCAUCAUGUGAUGAUCAUUGGAACAAAAAAACAUCACCGCCGUUUUUUCUUUCUUUCUAAUACUCACUGUCACAGCAUGCAUGGUUACAGGCUAAGGUGGAUGUUGCCCAAGGUAUCUCCAGGUAUGGAUCCGUAAGCAAGGGAGUAAUCAUUGCUUUAGUUACGUCUUGACAUAUGUAUUGACAUACUUCUGUUACAAUUGUGACAAGCGGGGUAUGAAGUCUUGAAGCUACCACGAGGAAUCAUACAAACCUGUCUUUGGAUGGGAGAGUUCAGUUUUGAAGUUCAGUCACCAAGUCUGAAUGGGAUAAUUUAUUUAUUUUUGUUGUUGUUGAAAUGAUGUAUGAUAAGAAAUGUGAUAUUUUUUUAUUCCAUCCAAAUGUGUACACAUAUUUAUGAUAUACAUGUAGAUCUAUUAUUAUCUUUUACAUGUACAGAUUGAACAGGCCAGUUGACAAAUUGGAAACUAAGCUUUAAUUUCAAUUUGAAUUGAAUAUGUAUUUUUUUUAAGUGCCACUAGGUAUGCUCCAUUGGGGACAUUAUUACAUUGCUACACUGGCAUUUCACACAGAAGAAGACUUGAACUGACCAAACACAGACUGUGUUUGGUGUUUAACACUGCACUCGGCAAUAUUCCAGCUAUAUGAACGCAGCCUGUAAAUAAUCAAGUCACCAAGACGACCCUUUGAUCCAUCAGUCAACUUAUCUGACAAGGAUAGAUUUCUCAUGACCUAUUAAUCCCCCCCCCCGGGAUGGGAUAUACGAUGUUGUAUAAUGCUGGGAAUGAGGGUGUAUGUGGCAAUUAUGCCCCAAUGACCAUCAAAAAGUUGCAAUUUAGGCAAGAAUGUAUUUUACUGGACACCUUCCGUCAUUUUGGUAAGGAAUAUGCACAAGCUCCUAAGUAUCAGUUUCGAAGUUUUAAAGACACCUUGCUAAUACAACACAGGGUUUUAGUGGGCAUGCCCCCCACAAAAGCUUGAAUUAAAAGCUUUUGCAAGUAAAUUUAAAUGUUAGAUUUGGUAACCAAGGUUAUUGAAUAAUAUGGAUGUCACAGCUUGUGUCGUCGCACGCUGUUGUGGAACAUCUAUUUUCGAGUACUUUUUUUCGAUGUUGAUGUCCCCUUUUUCGAUGUUUAUGCAUAGCUUUGAUAUUCAGUUUCCAGGUUGAAUGAUAUUAAACCAUACAAAUGCAUGCAGUCAUUUUUCUGCUUGCUUUUUUAAAUAGCUAUGUCGCGUGCGGCCACUUUGGUAGCAUUGAACAAACAUGGUGGGUUGUUGUCCGGUAAAAUGCAUGUGUACUGCAAAAACAUCCAUGUAGGAGAUUCAUUUGCGUGAGGGUCAUUUAAGAAUAUUUACAUUGUGUUAAUAUUUACACCAUUCAAAUGUACUACAUAACAAAGUGGCAGGGUCAGUUGGAGUUAUUUCCCCCUGGUAAAAUGCUUACUGACCCAGUGACAUGUAAAUAUAUGUAGUUUUAACACUUGUCUUUAAACCUGUAUUUUCUUCAAAACACUGCUGAAUAAAAUCAGUGUGAGAAUUUA